UUAAACUGAACUCAGCCUGAUUCACAUGAAUGUGUUAACUCGGCAGUUACAGUAUGAAAUUAUCUUUAGGCCUGUGUUUACAUCCACCAGGUGGUAACAGUAUUUACGUUGUUCUAAAAUACAUUAAACAGUGAAAAGAAAUUCAUCUCAAGGAGCCAUGAGGGCCGAACCACACCUGAAGGACAGAGUUCAGGAACUUUUACAGGGGCUAAACAAGUCCCUGCCUCGGAGUAGGUACUCAGAACGGCCCCAAGAAACUCCUGGGCUUGGGGAUUACUUGGUGCUGAUUGGAUAUACUCAAGUCAACAGAAAGCGAGACGUCUUCUCCUCUCGUUCAUAGCUUCCACCGCCAUGUAAAUGAAGAGACACGCCAGAAACCCAGCAACCACCUCAGCUCCUUCCAUGUUGAUAAUCGUCUUUCUGCUUUGUACUUCUGCUUCUUCUUCUUUGUUGUUCUUCUUUGUUUCUUUGCCGCGUCGCCCCGGUCAAAAUGGUCGCGCAAUGAUUACGUCACUUCCAGAGCCCGGUAACUUUACAGGAACCUGCGUCCUACUCCGCCCUCUCAGUGGAGACACGGCGGUUGAGAGGGCCGUGCGGGAGGACGUUCCUGUAAAGUUCCUGCCCCCCAGAUAGCACCAGGAACUUCUUCAGUGGAACAGAACUCUGGCUCAUAUUAGCCAGACUUGGACAUUUAAGCCUGGAUUUGCUUUUAGCCUGCUUGAUGGAACACCCCCCCUGAGCAGACACACCACGGACAACAGCAAACACUGAGAGCAGCAACUCACACCAACUACAAACUACUCAGUCUAGCAUGCUGGGAAAUGUGGGCCGCUGUGAGACGACGGCCUCGAGUGAUGUCACCUGAGGCAGCGUCGGUCACAGGCUACGAGUUUGAAAAGUAAAAGAGUGUGGAGAGGUGGAGGUGGAGAGACGUGACAGUCAUCUCUGCUGCAGGAUACAUGUCAGAGGGAGAGGUGCACUGUGGGUAAUGUAGGCGUCAGGGUUUGAUACAGAAUAGGACUGUGUACGAUAUCUCUGCUCCUGCUGCAACCAUAACUCAGUGUGUAAAAUAAUUAUUACAACAAUAAUGAUGAUGAUGAUGGUGAUAAAAAUGAGUGGAACGGUCCUUUAAUGGUCCUCACUGCAGUUUUAAAGGCGCUCAGCACCGCGGACAGCGUCUCUGCAGGAGCCCCGCCCACCCUGCUUCAGUCCAUCAGUCUGCGUCACAGAGACAGAGAGACAGGUGGAGACGGAGGGGGGGCACACGGAGCCACCACACCGGGACAGAGAGACAGAUAGGUGGAGGGGUGAUGAGGCUGCCGGCUCGUGUCUCUUCUGUCUCCAUGAUGGAGUUUUAUCUGUAACCUUUCAUUUACGGUUGGAGCGGACAGACGGACAGAAGGACAGACAGAGGGACAGACAGACAGCUUCUCCUCCGCUGCUGCUGCUGCAGAGAGCCUCGCGCCUCUCGGUCUGCUUGUCGUCAUGGGAACGGUGCUGUCUCUGUCUCCGGGCUCGCGGAAAGCCGCGGCUCGAGGGCCGGAGAAGCUCGCGGAGCUCGCGGUGCAGAAGCCGCCGGAGCACCGCGAGGAGGAGGAGGAGGAGGAGGAGGAAGAGAAGGACGGAAAGGAGAAGAAGAAGAAGACGAAGAAGACGAAGACGCGGCAUCCGGUGCUGCUGCACGCGCUGAGCUGGAAGAAGCGCCUCGUGGCCGCGCGAGCCAAGAGGAAGGGCGGGAAGAAGGUGAAACCCGCGGUGUCCGAGCCCGGGCACGUGCAGCGGGGGCAGCGGGAGCAGGCGGCCACCGACAGCCGUCACAGAGCACUCAAGGCCGGACACAGACACGGACCCAUCCCGGUGCCCGUCCCCACCGUCCCGGAUCAUACCCAGAACCCAAACGUGGGGAGGCCGGACCUGAUCAUCUCACCGCGGAGGGUGGUGGUGCAGGCGUCCACAGGCGAGCUCCUUCGCUGCCUGUCUGACUUCCUGUGUCAUCGUUGUGUCAAACUGAAGGAGCUCUCGUCCAAUCAGAUCGUCCUGUGGUUCAGAAACGUUGACCGAGCACUGCUGGUACAAGGCUGGCAGGACCAGUGCUUCAUCAGUCCUGCCAGUCUGGUUUUCGUGUACCUGCUGUGCAGGGAGGCGGUGGACGAGGACACGUCCUCAGAGCAGGAGCUCCACGCCACCUUCCUCAUCUGUCUCUACCUGGGCUACUCGUACCUUGGCAACGAGAUCUCGUACCCGCUCAAGCCCUUCCUGGUGGAGUCCAGCCGCGAUGCAUUCUGGGAGCGGGUGCUGGAGCUGAUUGAGCGUCUGAGCACCGACAUGCUGCGGAUCAAUGCCGACCCGCACUUCUUCACCGAGGUGUUCCAGGACCUAAAGAACCAGGGCGGAGCCAGGGAGAGGGCGAGGGAGGAGAAGGAGAAGGAAGGGGAAAAAAAGGAGGAGGAGGAGGAGAAGGAGAACAACGGAGGGAACAGGAUUGAAGACCUGGAUCGUUAGGACAGGAGAUGAAAGAAGACACAGACAGAGAGACGGAGAGGAGACCCCAGUGUUUGUUCAUGAGACUCGCCCAGCAGCCGUCAACCCUCUAAAGGUCUGAAUGUAACAGCGGCUACAGCUUUAACGGCGUUACCGUGGAGAUUGACGAGCAGUCAGGCGUCUGACCCACAGUGGGAUGGACGGUGAACUCCGACUGGACACUAGCUCACUUUAACUGCAUGCUGUCAACACACACCAACAGUAUCUUCUGAUUGUUCCAUCGUGGAUGUAGACCACAUAAGUAACCAUCUCCAGCCUUAUUUCCUUCAGUCGCAUCGCCAAAGACAGCGAAGACUGAUUUAUUGAUUUAUUGAUCUAUUGAUUAACUGAUCUAUUGAUUUAUUGACGACAUCAUCAACAGAAACAGAAAACAUCCAGAAACUCACAUCAUAAGAAAAUCAGACAAAGCAAAAGCUGAAUGUUGUUGAGCGGAGAAUUGGUGAGAGCUUCCGCGGCUCCAAUGGAGUCCGAAGACAUGCGGCGAUCUGAUUGAUCGAAGGCUCGGGGAGCUUAAUGACCUUUGACCUGGAGCCCCACAGAACCUGUUGGUUCCACUGUGGUUUAUAAACUACAAUAUUCAAGAUACAAAACAAACAUGAGGUUUUCGUUGCGUUUGAUCACGGGAAAUAAUCGAUUCUUGUACGAUUUGGCAAUCGAUUCCCAAGGUAAUGGAAAACCUGGAAAAGGUCAUGGAAUUUCACAAUCACAUUUUGCAGGCCUGGAAAAAUCAGGGAAUAAGUAAAAAUUAUGGUUGUUAGCAUUGACGCUUUAAUUGUGAUGCAAUUUAAGUCUGUACAUAACAUUUAUUAUUUAAAAUAUUAAUAAAAUGUCAGAUUUUUUUUUUAAAUGCCCGACAAAUAUUAAUAAAAUGUCCGAAAAAGUAUUUCUAAAAUGUCCGACAGAUAUUAGUAAACUGUGGAAAAAAUAAAUAAAAUGUCCAACAAAUACUGAUAAUAUGUGCGGAAUAAAUAUUAAUAAUAUGUCCGAAAAAAUGAUUAAUGAAACGCCUGAAAAAAAUUUCCAACAAAUAUUAAUAAAAUGUCAGAAAAAAAAAAGAAAUAAAAUGUCAGACAAAUUUUAAUAAGAUGUAAGAUAUGUUUUUUAAAUGUUAGAAAAAUACUUUAUACUUUUCAUCAAUCAAAAUUGUACUCCAAAUUUCAAGUCAUCUGACAUGAAAUGGGUUCUGUGGGUACCCAUGAGUCUCCCCUUUACAAAUAUGUCCACUUUAUGUUAGUCCCACACAGUUUUUAGGCACAGAAUAUCAGGGGUGUAACGAUCCAUUGAUCUGGUUCGACAUCAUUUCAGUGAUGCAAAGUGAAAAACAUCGAUCCAUAUCAUCAUCUUUAGGAUACUUUUUAUUUUGAAAUUCUGUCUAACUGUAAAACAGCAGCAUUAUUGACUUGAAUAACUCAGCAGUGUGGAAAUAUUUUGGAUUUCAGAGGAAAUACAGGUGUGUAUUUCCAAAGCGCUGUCAGUCACAAAGGGGUUCGGCCUUUUAGACAAUUCCUCCAAUCAUCAUGCAGACACCGAGCGUCCUCUCCCGCCUACCGCUCCAUCAGGUCCCAGGGAAGCUGAGCCUCCCUGGAAGUGACGAUUUUGUUGCAUUUAUCCAAUGACAUCUCGCUUUGCUGCAUGAAAAAAACCUGCUCAGCGCUGUCUCAUAGGAAUGCUUGGAGGCUCCGCGUCCACCGUGCUGACACGAGAAUGUAUGACAGGGAGGUCGCGUUUGAAAACUGGUGAUAAACAGCUGACGUUUGAACAUGUAAAUUCAAUCGUGCAUAUUUGACCAUUUCUUCUAUGAAAUUUUAGGGGAAGUUCAGCCUCCCUUGUUGUCUCAGAGCAAUCGCCCCUGGACUCCAUGUAGUACCAUAUCGUGAUAAAACUGGUGAUUUACACCUGUACAAACGAUGCACUUUUUCCAUUCAAUGUUUAUUGCAGACAUAUGACCAAAAAACUGUACACACACUUCUGAGCUACAUCUCAAAUUAAUCUUCAUGGUCUGGUUGCUCCAUCCAGGCUUAAGCCUUCUUCUCGCUAAGACCAGGUGUAAAUAUUACGCCUAGUCAGGAACAGACGAUAAGUCAGAAUCUCAACUGUUUCUAUAAAUCAGCAGCUAGAUUGACAAGAGCUACAAAUGUUCAACAGCAAGCAACAUUAGCUUUUCUGUUAUAGGCUGCUUUUUGUCUAGCUGACGUACAAACAUAAACUGUCCUUACCUCAGCUUGUUGACCUUGUGACCAAAUAAAUGUUUACCUCGAAAAGGUGCGCUGCUAACGUCUGUUAUCAAGCUGGAUAGUGAGAUAAUUAGCUGGUCAGCAGCAGCACAUUCAGGGUCCUUUCAGACCUAGAGUUGUGGACCAGAGGUUGGUUCAGACCCAGGUCGGAACACCUUCUCACCACAAACCAACCGCACCAGAGUUCCUUUGGAACCGGACUGAGACCACCUCGGUCCGGUUGUUUUGCUGUGUUCACACCUGCACAAACGAACCGCACUGAGGGGGCAAACCAGCUGGAGUUUGACUGAACUAGACAGGGCUCAAUGCUUUCAACACACUGCUGGUCCAUGAGGUGUAACCUGCAGUCAAAGUUGCUGGGCCUUCAGAUGAAGACGCCGCUAAAACCGGGCAUGGUUAACACUAGGCAUAAGUCUGGUUGUUGCAACUGAAUUCUUAGGACCUUAACAAAGUCCUCGCUAAGUUGGUCUUUAACCCUUUCCCCACCAGAGUGUUAUUUUCAAGUUUCCAGUCAGCGCCAGUAUUUUUGAUCUUAUUCAAGAAUAUUUGUAGGCCCACAGAAUUUUUUCUUAUAUGAAGAUGUAAACAGUAUAUACAUGAAACUAAAGAGACCUUCUGAGCCACAAAAAACACAUUUUUUUUCUCAUUCCGUUUAUUUUUUAUUCAGCACUUGAAUUUGUGCAUUUUCAUAAAAAAGAAACAACAUUUCGGACAAAAAGCUGAAAGAUAGAAUUUUUGUGAAAGACUCAUUUUCAAGUAUUCCUGACAUCAGUUUGAAUUGUAUAAAUCAGGUCAACAGUCUGUGGGUUAAUUGUGUGCUGCUGUUUUGUCUCGACCAUUUGUUGUAGCAGAGCACUGAUGUGAAAGAUACAAACCUAAAAUUCAAAAAUAUAAUUUCCAAUCACACAAUUUCAUCACCUCGUAAAAUCAGUCAUGAAAUUUUGUGAAACUGUCACAGUAAUGUGACAUAACAGCAAAUAUAUUUGCUGUAGUUGUCAAUGUAAUGUAGCGCCCAGUAGAUUUCUUGAUUUUCAUACUGCGUUCCAUGUUUACCUUCUUCGUUCCUUAUUAGAGCUUGAAUCUGAUGUGAUGCUGAGCAAGUUUAACAAAAAAAUAAUUUUUCUUAUCAUAGGUCAUGGAAAAGUUUUGAUAUUUUGUACAUGAAAAUGUGCGGGAAACCCUGGUUGAUUGUCUAAAUGCUUGUUAAUGAGGUGACGCUGACGGAACUAUUGGAGCAGAACUCAACUUUGAGCACAGUGCAGCACCUGAACAGUGUACAGCGUGGACACGCUGGAGUUAACUUGUUGUUCAGCUUCACAAAAGGCAAUAUUUGCAACAUAUUUUAAUUGAAUGUCUAAAUAUUCACAUUGGCAAUGCGAACGUGAAGUAUCUUGUGAAUGCGUAACGUUAAUAGAGAAGAGGAGCGAUCAGCAGUAACGUUAACAAACAAGACUAGCUGACCAACACAAGCUGCUGCAUUAGGCCCUGAUCACACACAAAGCGUUUCAGCAGGAGGAGACAUUAAAACAAAGCAGCUGAGCUCUCCGCUUCCCCAUUAUUUUGUUGCUCUCAUACAGCCAGGAGAUGGUAAGGCGCUUUCAAACUAAUGAAUGCAGUUAACUUUCUAAAAUAAAAAGGUUGCCGGCAGUUUAUUCUUCAAUAAUAUGUUGUGAUUUCAUUGUAUUUCAGGUCAAAUAUUACUUUUUUUUGUGCAUUCUGCAAAGACUCCAGGUGACGGUCAACCAGCACGUACGUUCUGCACCUGCGUGAGAGGAAAAAACUCUCCACACCAACAAACGGCGGCAGUCUGGAUUUCUCAUUCUUUCAAAAAGAGAAACGGGAAGGCCACCUUGAUGCUAGUUAGCCAAUUAGCACAUUAGCAACACAAUCCAGUGUAGAAAGAACAGAGCCGUGUGCCAAUUAACAGUAGCAAAAACCAUCAGAAAACCCUUCUGUUAAAGAGGAACAAUAAUCUUACCUCAUGGAACAAGUUUGAUUUGGCCUCACUCCCUCUGGACUUUAGCUCUUUGAUUACUUUCCUCACUUCUGUUUCUUCUGCGAGCUCUGCAUUCGCAUACGCCGAGUCAACAUGCUGAAUCAACCAAAAAAAAAAAAGCCGAUGGGGGCCGACAAGGGGCAACUGUACAGGACACACCACUCUGACUAGGGCAGCAGACGCUAACCAACAGCCCAACGUUGGCUGGCUGGUGAUCUGUGGGUGCAGAUGGAUGGUGUGUGGACCUCAGUAACAUGUCUAUCCUUCCUGCGGUGCACUACGGCUGGUAUGCGGCGGUGCAACAGCAGCCAAACGACACCCUGCCUCUGGAGUCGGUGUGCCAUACUUAUUCUUCUCUCAUUUGUGGUCUGAUUAAACCGACAAUACAGUCUGGUUGCUAGGGUAACAGAUUACGACAGACCAUUAACCACACCUCCAUUCUCUGUUUCAGAAAGAACGUGAACCGUUAAAUAGAAGUACCGCGGACUGGUGACGGGCUUUAACCUUAAACUACAGUUCAAGGUCGUUAAAUUCCUGUCAAGUAAUUAUCGUCACAAAAACUAUCAGAGGCCAUCUUGAACACCUGCAGGCCAGAAUCACCUUUGACCCUUGUUGCAUUGUGGGAAGUACAGUUCAGCAGCUGCACCUUAGAGACAGACUCAUAUGGUUUUCUCAAAGUCAGCAAUGCGUCCUUGGUAAAACAGGUCCUACAAAGGCUAGACAAGACUCCUUCCUAGCACUGAAGUGAGUGCCCAGGUGUGCAUCACUGCAGAGGUCCUGCUGGGAAAUCAUGUGGAAAGAAUUGUGGGUACUUCAUACCCGCUGAGUAUACACACAUGCACUGUUGUAAAUUCCAUGAAGAAAGGACUCGUGGUAGAAUUCGAAGGAUCUUUGACACUGGAACAGUCUAUCAGCAGGAUUUAUCCCUAGAACACUAAUGUUACAAUUAGUAACAGCAUCACUAACGUCGGGUAUAUUUUACCCGAUAUAAUGUACUUCUCAUCCAAAUAUAUUAAAGUUCAACAAUACCUGGCAAAUUGAAGUACUCGUCUUAUAUUUCCUCCUAUACAAUGUAUCAUAAAAUGAAAAAAAGGUAUCAUGGGGGGACCCUAUAAAAAGGCUCUAAAAUUAGUGAAAAAUUAGGGAUAACUUAGCUUUCGUAUCAAAUAAGAAAUAUAGCUAAUGAUUGCCAACAUAAAGGAAACUUAGCUGUGUUUUACUCACUUGUUGGCAUGAUAAUUAAUACAAAAAACACUAACUUCAGCUAAAAUCCACCCGAAAAAUAUUUUACCCUCAAACACUAAAAUCACCCGAACACCUGCCUGUUGAAAAAACAGGUAUGGGAGCAGGGAAACACAAUUACCUUCAGUGAUGUCUUUGGGCAGGAUGAAGCUACCCAAGGACCCACACAAGACAGACAAAAGCAGCACAAUGAAAAUCACAUGAUCACAAUCGCAUGCGUGAAAAUCACCCAACGUUAGUGUUCUAGGGUUAAUGACGUAGCCUCCUUGAAGAAUCCAUCCUUGACUUUGAGAAGCAUCAGUAGAUUGACAACACAUUCAGAGCAGGCAACAGGUCAUGUGACCUGGUGAUCAGCUGAUGUGAGUUGGAUGUUUUCUGUGUCCUGUGUUCUUGUCUGAAGGCUGAAUGUAAAACCAGUCAGGUUAACUGAAGUGUGCCAAUUGUUUUUAUAUAGAAAUGAAAUCACCGAUAUAAACAACACGAGUCGAGUGUC